UACUCAGGAGUGAAAGAAGAGCUCCCAUUUUCGAGUGCCAUCAACGCCAUUGAAUCGCUCAGAGCUUCGUAAAGAAGCCGUCCAUGGCGUCCAAAUCCCUAGACCCGAGGCGUGCUAUCGAGAACUGUAUAUUUCACCUCCACAGUUGGAGACCCUUUCAGAUUCAAUCCAAAGCCCUAGGAUCCGAUUCGCCUAAACCCUAUGCUUCUCCUCCCCAAGGCAAUGCCUUCUUCAGCAAGCGACCCUGCCGCGCCGAUCGCGCCACGGCGUUCCCCGUCGACGCCCUCGACAUGUCGAAGCUCAGUCUGUUCGAGGAAGACCGGCCUUUAUCGGUCCGAAAACGGGAUAGGACCCACUGGAUUGCUGGAAAGCGUCGACGUCGCGGAUCCAGGUCGGUCUCCGGCAGAAGCAGCGAGCGCAGUGGGACCCGGCUGAGGUGCUGUUCCGUCGGAGCAUCCGCGGCCUGCGGCACCUGCUCUGAUCUUCCGAUGGCUCCUGGGACGGAUACGAGCGGGGAGCUGUUCGUGAAUGGGGAUGUGAAUUGGGCUUCAGAUGCGAGCGAGGCGGCUGCAGCAGCAGCAGCAAGACCUUCUAGGAGGGAGAGGGAGUGUGGAAUUGCAGACAGGGAGAGUUCAAGUGCUGCUGCAUUGCACAUUGGCAAUGCUGAGUGCCAGGGUAGCGAGUCUGGUUAUGGAAGUGAACCAGGGUAUAGAGGUGAUGGGGAGAUAGGGUAUGGUGACGAGAUCGACGAAGAAGAAGAAGAUCAACGGCCCUUAUUCUGGGGCCACGAGUUUGGAGCAUCUAAAGCAGAGAGGAUGGGCAAGAAUGCAGCGCAAAAAGCUCAUCAUAGUCUCCGUCGUAAUGGGAUCGGAGCUGUUCUUCCGAGGUCAGGAGUCGCCGCCGGCGACCGACGCCUACACGCCAAAGCCUCCGAAGCCGUGGAUGACUUUCAAUCGUUCGAUCAGUUACAUGCUCCGCGAGCAGCGCCUGGUUUGCCUCCUCGCCGGGAUGGCCCUCUCCGCGUUCAUCGUCAUCGCCCUGCGCCCGCCGCCGCAUCCUCCGCUCCGCGGCCUCGGCCUCGAAUUCGACCCGAUCUCGGCCUCCCGAUCGGCCGCCCACCAGCACGGCCGGUUCAUGUACCAGAAGGGCGUCGGAUUCGGGGCGCUGCAUUCUGGCGGGAAAAUCCCGCUGGGGCUGCAGAGGAAGGGUUUGAGGAUCGUGGUGACGGGCGGGGCGGGAUUCGUCGGGAGCCACCUGGUGGACCGCCUGAUGGCCAGAGGCGACAGCGUGAUCGUCGUCGACAACUUCUUCACCGGGCGGAAGGAGAACGUGAUGCACCACUUCGGCAACUCCAGGUUCGAGCUCAUCCGGCACGACGUCGUCGAGCCCCUUCUCCUCGAGGUUGACCAGAUCUACCACCUCGCCUGCCCUGCAUCUCCGGUUCAUUACAAGCACAACCCCGUCAAGACAAUCAUAUCCUC